AUUGUACAAUAAUAUUGAGGUUGUUUUUAUAUAAUAUGCAUCUUAAAACGCACUCCUGUUAAAUUGGUUGCCUAUACCAUUCAAAAUAUUCCAUCAAAACAUUAACUUUGUUUUCUAUUCAACAAAAAGAUUUAUUAAAAUGAGUUUUGAAAGUGUUGCAGCAACAAUAAUUCAACGAGCGGUACUCUUGGAUACACAAAAACGAUACACCGAAUCUUUAGUAUGUUACCAAGAAGGAAUACAAAUUUUAAUGAAGGCAUUAAAACAAUCUCCAGAGCAAAAGAAAACCUAUCUUCGUGGUAAAAUCGGGGAAUACAUGAGUCGCGCCGAACAAAUUAAACUAAACAUUAAUAAAUUAAAAGAUGAAGGAAAAUAUCACGAACAGAUAAACAUUGGAGACAACGAAACGGGGUAUGGAUAUGAAACCGUUUUUGGAAGAUUUUUAGAUGGAGAUGUGUUAAAUGUAAUUGUUGAAGAUCCUUAUAUCCGGUUGUUUCAUCAGUGUCAAAAUUUUUUGAGAUUUUGCGAAUUAUUAGUGAGAAAAUGUAAAAAUUUAUUUUCACUGACGUUGAUUACAACUAAGGAUAAUAAAAGUGAUCAAGAAAAUUGGUUAAUCAGUAUUCAAAAUGAUCUGUUGAAGUAUAAAGUUAAUUUAAAGGUUGAAUAUUCAACUACUUUACAUGAUCGACAAAUUAUGUUAAGUUCCGGAUGGAUAAUAAAAAUCGGAAGAGGUUUAGAUUAUUUUAAACCGCCCGAAAACAAAUUUUCCUUGGGAGUUUUCGACAUGGAUUUAAGAAAUUGCCACGAAACUUCAAUCAAUAUAUUUCAUUCAAAUCAUGUUAGAACUAGUUGAUUAAAAUACACUUUUUGUAACUUAUCAUUUUUGGUAAAAACCCAACUUGAGUAAGAACCAACCAGAACUCGCCGUUUUUGAAAGGAGUAGGGCGAACAACGUGCUCACAACAAACUUCAAUUUCCCCACCAACUUCAAAUGCAUUCGAUGUGUUCGCGAAGAAAGUUGGUUUUUAUGAUCUAUAUGGUUUCAUGGUGUUAAUUACAUUUAAAGUUUUAAAAGGAGGGUGUUUUUAUAUUUUUGUUUGAGGUGAGUGU